CAUGCCAAUCUCAUAGAGUUGCUCAUAAGCUAUGGCUUCAAGGAAGAAAAGUCUUGGCAGUUAUGAUCCAGAACCGAGUUUCCGAGAUUUUUGCGGUUGGUAUUCAUCCCGGUGCUAAGAUUGGAAGCGGGAUUCUGCUUGAUCAUGUAACUGGAUUAGUGGUUGGUGAAACUGCAGUGAUUGGUAACAUUGUGUCAAUUUUGCAUAGUGUGACUUUGGGUGGAACUGGUAAAGCUUCUGGUGAUAGGCAUCCAAAGAUUGGUGAUGGGGUUUUGAUUGGUGCAGGGACUUGUAUUUUGGGGAACAUUAAGGUUGGUGAAUGUGCUAAGAUUGGUGCUGGUUCUGUGGUGAUUAAAAACGGUUUUUCCGGUUGAACCGGUUGGACCAAUGAACCAGUAAACCAGUAGCUAGAGCGGUUUGAUGACCGGUCCGGUUUUCCGAAGUGCUACUGUCUAGGCGGGUGAGUCAUAUUCUAGCACCGUCGAACGUCAUUGUUCCUUGCAUGAGAGAAGUUGAGUUUGGCGACACGGUACAGCUCAGGAACUUCGUGUUUGACAAUUCUCUAAUCACUGCAUUCAUUAAGCACUGGCGUCCGGAGAUCCACACUUUCUAUCUAUCACGGGGUGAGUGCACCAACACCUUGCAGGAUAUUCCGUACGUAGAGGAGCUCCUAGGUGUCAGGCCCCUUCAUGCAUCUCAGGUGGUUGGUGUCUACGAUGACCUCCAAGACUUGAAAACCAGUCUCUCAUAUGUGAAAGCUGUGCUGUUGGAUGCUGAGCAGAAGCAGGAGCAGAACCACGAACUGCGAGAGUGGCUGAAGCAGAUCAAACUCAUCUUCUAUGAUGCUGAGAACGUGCUUGAUCAAGUUAACUGUGAAACACUGCGCAAGCAAGUCAUCAGAGACUACGGCACUCCCAAGGACAAGGUAGGCCGCUUCUUCUCGAGUUCUAAUCCACUUGUGUUUCGUUAUAAGCUUGCUCUUCAGAUCAAAGAUAUUAGGAUGAGAUUAGACAGAGUCGCGGCUGAUAGGGAUAAGUUUGGGCUUCAAGUAAUUGAUGUUGAUAGGCGAGUUGUGCAUAGCAGGGAAAUGACUUACUCCCAUGUUGUUGAGUCUGAUGUCAUAGGACGUGCUCAUGAUAAAGAAAUGAUUGUAAAGCUCUUGAUGGAACCGAGUCUUGACAACAAUGGUGACUCCAAACAUAUCUCCGUCAUUCCCAUUGUGGGAAUUGGAGGUUUGGGAAAAACCACUCUUGCUAAGCUUGUCUUCAACGACGAAAGGAUAAGAGAGUCUUUUCCGUUGAAAAUGUGGGUGUGUGUGUCUGAUGACUUUAAUAUCAAGCAAUUGAUUAUUAAGAUCAUCAAUGCUGCUAGCAAUUUUGUUUCUACUGGUGCUCUUCCGGGCCACCAAAAUUUAAAAGAAUUAGAGGUUGAACAAUUGCAAUAUUGUCUAAGAAACAUGCUUGAGGGUCAAAAGUUUUUCCUAGUGUUGGAUGAUGUAUGGAAUGAAGAUCGUGUUAAAUGGGUUGCGCUGCAAGAUCUCAUUUCAGUGGGUGCUCAAGGAAGCAAAGUAAUAGUCACAACACGUAGCCCAUCCAUCGCUUCGAUGAUGGGUACCGUUGCCUACUCGCACCAUUUAAAAAGUCUUUCUCCCGAGGAUUCAUUGCGUUUGUUCGUUAGAUGGGCUUUUAAAGAAGGAGAAGAGGGAAAAUAUCCAGAUUUGAUAAUGAUUGCAAGAGAAAUCGUAGACAGGUGCAAAGGAGUUCCUUUAGCGGUCAGAACGUUGGGAAGUUCACUAUUUUCCAAACACGAGAGACAAGAGUGGGAAUCAUUGAGAGACAAGGAGAUUUGGAAUUUGCCACAAAAAAAGGAUGAUAUCUUACCUGCAUUAAAAUUAAGCUAUGAUGAAAUGCCAUCCCAUUUGAGGCAAUGUUUUGCCUUGCUCUCCCUUUAUCCAAAGAAUCAUUAUUAUAUUUCUUUUGGCGUUGCUUCACUUUGGGGGGCAGCAGGUUUGCUUUCAUUGGAAAGCAAAGAUAAAACAAUAGUAGACGUUGCACAUCAAUAUUUGAGAGACUUAAUGGCAAGAUCUUUUCUUCAUGACGUUUUUUAUUGUGGAACCUUUUAUAUAUUUGACAUACAUGAUUUAGUGCAUGAUCUUGCAGUAUAUGUUGCAAAAGAUGUGUGCCAAUUGGUCAAUUCAAACACGCAGGAUAUAUCAGAAAAUGUGCUGCAUUUGUCUUUUGUUGAGAAUGGUUUGCCUUUCAAUUCCAUCAAGACAAGCUUACAAGGUGUGAGAAGCAUUCUGUUUCCAGUUGACAAUCAGGGAGCCAGUGAAGCUUUCUUGGAUGCAUGGGUGUUAAACUGCAAAUACCUGCGAUAUUUGGAUUUAAGUGAUUCUACAUGUGAGACUCUGCCUGAGUCAAUUGGUAAGUUGAAACAUUUAAGAUAUAUUUCUCUUCAGGGUAAUACAAGAAUAAAGAGGCUCCCUAAUUCUAUUUGCAAGCUGCAACAUUUGCAAGUUUUGCUUCUUGAUAGGUGUUCAAAUCUGGAAACUUUACCGAAAAAGAUAAGAAAGUUGAUCAGUCUGCAAAGAUUGGAUAUAACCACAAAGCAAUCUAUUUUGCCAGAGAGUGACAUUGCAAAGUUGAAUUGUCUUGAACAUUUGUCUGUCGAAAAUUGUGAUAAUUUGAAGUCCUUGUUUGUUGAGACAAGAUUGCCUACACUUCGAACUUUGCAAGUUCGUGGCUGUGCGAAUCUAAAGUCUUUGCCACUUGAUACUCAGCAUUUUCCUCAGUUAGAAACUUUGGGAAUCAGCAGUGUUGGCAAUGAAGAUUGGCUUCAUAGAUCAGAGGAUACUAAUGCUGUCUUGAGGUUAAAAACCAUUGUUCUUUUUGAAAUGGCAACAUUGCCUCAUUCUCUCCAACAAUAUGCAAGCACGUUACAAGGUUUGAUGAUUUCACGUUGCUACGAGCUGGAGGUACUGCCCGAAUGGCUGUGGAAUCUGAGUUCUUUGAAAUUUCUUUAUAUCUCCCGGUGUCCGAAAUUGAAGUCUCUUUCCAGUGAUAUCCACCGUCUAACAAGUCUGCAAGUUUUGCGAAUCAUAAAUUGCCAUGAGUUAUAUAGAAAAUACGAGCCACAAGUUGGAGAGUGCUGGCCCAUGAUAUCUCACAUCAAGCAUACUGACAUUAGGAACACAUGGGAAUAGCUAAUGGAAGAUGAAAAAGAAUUGUCUUAACAACCCGGAUUGGAGUCAAAGUGCCUUUUGUUUCUUCAUCAGUUUCCAUAAUGCACACAAUUGUUCUUGUUUUGUUUUGAACUAUAUGUCUUCAGUGAUUUUUCAAGUUUCUGUAUGUUCUUUGUAAUUCAAGAUGGUAAUUCAACGAUUCUGAUUUAAUGUUGCCUCUA